AUGGUAAAGUUGAAUCCAUCUCUUGGACUGGUUGUCCUGGGCUUCCUUGGCAGUGGUCAUUGUCUUUCCACUGGCGAAAUCCAAGAAAGAGCUUUACUAAAAUCUGGUGUUCGUGUGAACCUUGAUCAGAGAGACCUUCCUGAAUUAGAUAGCGUUGUCACUGCCUUAGAUAAUGAUGCUCAACGACUACCCAAAGUGUACGAACAGAACCUCACCGAAACUCUCGAAAAUGUAGAUCAUUUAUUUUCUGUGGGAUCAAUGCUUCUUGAAAAUACGUCUCCAAGUACCGACCUUAAGAAUGAACUUGUAUCCUCUGCUGCCAACAACCUUUUAUCAAUUUCCGAAGCCUUCUCAUAUACCCCUGCAAACGCCGACGACGAUGAAGACGGUGCUAUCAAUGCUGCAGCCGCUGUCAGUGAGAACGCUGAGAACUUAAGCAACCUUCUCAAGCAAUCUAAUAUCGAUACCUCGCCUAUUGACUCGAGCAACAGUGAUCUUAGAAAACAACUCGAAUCUAUCGAUCCCUCUGUGUCAUUCGAUUCCGUUCUCAAAAAACGUGAUCUCGGAGAUUUUAUAAAUUCAUUCUUUGGAUUUUUCUAUCAAUCAUCAAGCUUGACGAAGUCCAUAUAUAAUGCAAAGAAUGUUGUUAGUUCAUUGAGCAGCUCUGUAUCUGGAUCUGUAUCUGGAUCGGCUUCUGGAUCAAUUUCUACCGAUAGUUGCCUGCAAACUAUUUGCGAGGUUAUCAGUCAAUGCUGUAGCUUUAUGGAGCAAUGUUUCACCAGCACCAUCUCUUCUGCCAUGGCUUACUGCCUCAGUUGUCCCUUGAUGGUUGCUUUGGAAAGCUGUUUAUCCAGUCUUUGCUCCAGUGGAGGUAUUAGCCCAAGUACUUGUUCCAGCAGCAGUUCUAUUUAUGAACUCCUCAGUUCCAAGAUUAAUGAGUUCAGCGUUCUUAUCAGUCAAUUCAAUGUUGAUACUAGCAGCUUGAAUCAACAACACUGUGUUUUCAGAAGUUUGGUUACCAGCGCUUGUCCUACUGUUUCCUUUACUCAAUCUGUGGCAACUGCUACUGGAAGCAUUCCUGUUCUUUCCCAAGCUGCCUCUAUCGCAACUGGCGACAAUGUUAUUUCUGGUAUGGCUUCACUUUACUCAAUGGCCACUUCUGUCGUCAGCAAUCCUACUGCCGUUCCCACUAUCAAUGAUCCAGCUGUUUCAUCUGCUGCUGCCGCCGCUUCUGCUGCUGCGUCUGCUGCUGCUUCGGCCUUAGCUUCUGCUGGCGCUGAUGUUUCUGCUGGAGCUGACGCUUCUGCUUUUGCUUCUGCCGGUGCUUCUGCUGCUGCUUCUGCCAAUGCUGAGAUUACUGCUUCUGCCGGUAUUGCUAUUUCUGAUAAUGCUGCUGCUAGUGGCUACGCUUCUGCUACCGCUGAUGCCAAUGCUUAUGCCAGUGCCGCUGCUGCUGCCUCUGCCAGUGUUGCUGCUGCUGCUUCGGCCAGUGCUGCUGCCGCUGCUGCUGCCGGUGCUUCUGCUGCUGCUUCUGCCAAUGCUGAGGUUACUGCUUCUGCCGGUAUCGCUAUUUCUGACAAUGCUGCUGCUAGUGGCUACGCUUCUGCUACCGCUGAUGCCAAUGCUUAUGCCAGUGCCGCUGCUGCUGCCUCUGCUAGUGCUGCUGCUGCUGCUUCGGCCAGUGCUGCCGCCGCUGCUGCUGCCUCCGCAGCUGCCACCGCCGAAGCUUCUGCUUCUGCCUAUGCUACUGUUGGAGCCAAUGCUGCUAGCACUUCAGAUAUAACUGCCGUUGCCUCUGCCAAUGCUGCUGCUUCUGCUGCUGCUAGUGCGAAUGCUGCUGCUUCUGCUUCUGCUGCUGCUUCAGCUGCUGCCUCUGCCGCUGCCUCAGCUGCUGCUUCCGCUGCUUCUGUUGCUUCAGCUUAUCCGUCUUUUGGUGCUUCAGCAUCAGCUAGCGUUCCUGGAUUCUCAACAUCCACUUCUACUGGUUUCACAGGUACUGUCCCCACUUCUCCUGCUGUUGAAACUUCACCAUCAGCUGAUCUCGGUGGAAGUGUUGGAAUUAGUGUUGGUGCUAAUGCUGGUGCCAGUGCUUAUGCCUCUGCUGCUGCUUCUGCUUCAGCUGCUGCCUCUGCUGCCGCUUCAGCUGCUGCUUCCGCUGCUGCUUCUGCUUCAGCAUAUGCCACUGCCGUUGCUUCAGCUAACGCUAUUGCCUCUGCUGUUGCCCAAGCUUCUCCACAAGUUGCUGUUACUGCCAGUGCUGCUGCCAGUGCUGCUGCUACCGCUUCUGCUGCUGCCUCUGCCGCCGCUGCUGCUGCCGCUGCUGCUUCUGCCCAUGCCAGUGCUGCUGCCUCUGCCAAUGCUGUCGCUGUAGCUUCAGCAAAUGUUGUUGCUUCUGUUUCUGCUGCUGCAUCCAUCUGUGUCUCGGCUGCUGCUAGUGCUUCUGCAAAUGCCGUUGCCGCUGCUUCUGCCAGUGCUGUUGCAUCUGCCGCUGCUUCUGCUGUCGCUUCUGCUGUGGCCGAUGUAUCUGCUGCUGCUAGUGUGUUGACUGGUAUUUCCGUUCCCACUUCUCUAGCUGCUGCUUCUUCCCCUGCAAUCCCCUCUUCUCCCGCAGCUUCGUCACCAGAAGUUCCUUCUUCUCCGGCUGCUGCUGCUUCUUCUCCUGCGGUUUUGUCUUCUCCAGUUGCUUCUUCGCCAGCUGUUCCCUCUUCAUCUCCAGCUGCUUCUUCUCCAGCUUCCUCUUCUGCAGCUGUUUCUUCCUCCCCAGUUGCUUCUUCGCCAACUGUUCCCUCUUCGCCAGCUGCUUCUUCACCAGCUGUUGCCUCUUCCCCAUCUGCCUCUUCUCCAGCUGCCUCUUCUCCAGCUGCCUCUUCUCCAGCUGCCUCUUCUGCAGCUGUUUCUUCCUCCCCAGUUGCUUCUUCGCCAGCUGUUCCCUCCUCGCCAGCUGCUUCUUCACCAGCUGUUGCCUCUUCUUCAGCUGCCUCUUCUCCAGCUGUUUCUUCCUCCCCAGUUGCUUCUUUGCCAGCUGUUCCUUCUUCUUCACCAGCUGCUUCUUCCCCAGCUACCUCUUCUCCAGCUGCCUCUUCCUCCCCAGUUGCUUCUUCACUAGCUGUUCCAUCUUCCCCAGCUGCCUCUUCCCCAGCUGCCUCUUCCUCCCCAGUUGCUUCUUCGCCAGCUGUUCCCUCUUCGCCAGCUGCCUCUUCUCCAGCUGUUCCUUCUUCUCCAACUGCUUCUUCGCCAGCUGCUUCUUCGCCAGCUGCUUCUUCGCCAGCUGCUUCUUCACCAGCUGCCUCUUCACCAGCUGUUCCUUCUUCUCCAACUGCUUCUUCCCCAGAAGUUCCCUCUUCGCCAGCUGCUUCUUCUCCAGCUAUUUAUUCCUCCCCAGUUGCUUCUUCGCCAUCUGUUCCCUCUUCGCCAGCUGCUUCUUCCCCAGUUGCCUCUUCUCCAGAAGUUCCUACUUCCCCAGCUGCUUCUUCGCCAGCUAUUCCCUCUUCUCCAUCCCCAGCUGUUCUUUCAUCACCAGCAGCAUCCUCUCCAACUACCUCCUCUUCUCCAGCUGUUCCAUCGUCUCCAGCUGUCCCCUCCUCUCCAGUUGCUUCAUCGUCCCCAGCUACUACUUCUUCUCCUGCUGUCCCCACUUCCCCAGCUGCUUCAUCAUCCCCAGCUACUUCGUCCCCAGCUGGUUCUUCAGCUGGUGCCUGCCCAGCAUCCUGUCUCUAUACCGUCACUGUUACUGCCAACUCUGCUCAAAUCGAGGCCGCUAUUGCCAGUGCCACUGCUUCCGCUCUUGCCUCUGCUUCCGCUGCUGUCAAUAUCCCCAUGCCAUUCUCUCUCAAUGUACGAAGCUCGGCUAACAACGGAUGGAACAAGAUCAGAAACAUCUUUAAGCGUGCCACUACAAGUCCCAACACCGGAAAUUCUCAGCUUGACUCCAAGUUAGAGGACUUGGAAAACACCCCUCUUACCAGUGUAAGUUCUUUGAACGAUGUUCAGAGCAAAGUUAUUAGCAUUGCUGGAUUCAUUUCCCAAAACAUUGAUUCUUCCACACCCCCUUCUGAAAUUGAGUCGAUGCUUUGUCCUUUCAUUUCUAUUGCCACUGAUAUCUCACAACAAGCUUUGGAUGACUUUAAGAGUAGCAUCAACUCUAAUGACCAAAGUCGAACCAUUGCAUCUACCUUUGCAAAUACCAUGGGUGACUUGAGUAACAUUACUCGUAACUUCGAUUUGAACUGUACCAGUAACGGAAACCAGCUCCUUAAUUUGGUCAACGAAUAUCAGGAUGCUUUAGUCUACACUGCUGUUACUAGUUAUGAAAGCUUUGAAAAGAGAUCAAACCCCACUGAAGAUGAUUACAAUGUCUUAGUUCAGGUUCUUAGAAACGCACUUGCUUCUCAAAAUCAACCUGUCAAUGCUCUCCAUGACAACGUUGUAGCCACUAUGUACGUAACCAAUCCCACAAAAUUGGUUGUUACUUCCACCUCAACUACUAUCCAAACUGUUAUCGUUACUCAACAGGCUCAAACUCCAGUCACUGAUAUUAUCACCAAGAUUGUGAGUGGCCCUGAGUACGAUGUUCCUGGAAACACCUUCACUGUCCAGCAACCUGCUUCACCUAGCACUAUCACGGUCGUCCAAUCCCCUACUCCCAGUACAGUGACUAUUCAAGCUCCACCUCCACCACCACCAAAUCUUGCUACUAUUUUCCAGGGUCAAGAUGAUGCUGCUCCUUCGCCAGCUCCUCAACCACCUGCCGCUGAGUCUCCAGCUGCUUCUUCACCUUCGCCUUCAGCUCAAUCUCCCUCUGUAGAGACCCCAUCACCCUUUAGUGUCCAGAUUACCACUCCAGUCACUUCUGGUCAAUCCCAGAAUGACGUUGUCUCGUCUUCAAUUGCCUCUACAGUUAUUCCUUCACAAGUGAACCUUCCUGCAAGUUUACCAAAGGUUCCCGGAGAUUCUCCAUCAGCUACUGCCGCUUUCGUUCCUCCUAUUCCAGCGGUUGCUAAUGCCGAGAUGCUCUAUCACGCUCCUUCGGCCAAGGCUCCAAUAUCUGAGGCUGCUGCCGGUAAUGCUCCUGCUCCUGCAGCUACUUCAGAUAUCGUCGACACCGCUGAUGGUCAAAUUGUCAAUGGUGGUCCUCAACCUGUUGAGUAUAACCAUGUUCUUGACAAUAUUGAUUUCGGUGAUAUCAAUGACUACGGUAGUGCCAUCUAA